AGCCAGGCAGAACCCAAAGCAACACUGUCAGUUAGGUGAAACAAGGUUCACCAGCUCCACUGAGGAGCAAAUCAGAGGUUUUGCUUCGCUUAUCAAUCCAAUUGUGAUUUUCCAGUGCUUUGGAAGUUGUAGUUCCUUCACUAACAGGUUUUAAAGGAUUGGCAUUGCUGCUUCUUUCUGGAGCAGCUCUGCAGAUUUUUUUUUUCCUCCCUUCUCUUUCAUGCUUUAUUUCCUGACUCUACAGUGGGAUGGGUUGGUUGCAAAAGAUUCUCAUUCCCUUUUUGGGAUUGGUCUUGGCCUUCUGUUUUUAUUCUGCGAGGGAGAAUUUCAAACCGGAGAUGCUGAAAGGGAAGCGAGUGAUUGUCACUGGAGCAAGCACUGGAAUUGGAGAGCAGAUGGCUUAUCACCUUGCACGGAUGGGAUCCCAUAUUUUGGUCACAGCACGGACAGAGACCAAGCUACAGAAAGUUGUUGAACAGUGCCUUAAGCUGGGGGCAGCCUCUGCACAGUACGUGAGUGGCAGCAUGGAGGACAUGGCAUUUGCUGAGCAUGUUGUGAAGGAGGCAGAGAACUUAAUGGGAGGCCUAGACAUGCUGAUUCUUAAUCACAUUGGCAAGUCGUACUUCAGUUAUUUUGAUGGGGAUGUUGGGCACGUACAAAAGCUCCUGCAGAUUAACUUCCUCAGCUAUGUAGCUAUGACGGUCUCUGCUCUGCCUAUGCUGAAGGAGAGCGGGGGCAGCAUUGUAGUAGUUUCAUCUAUGGCAGGUAAAGUUGGGUUUCCAUUUACUGUUCCCUAUUCUGCAACUAAGUUUGCCUUGGAUGGAUUUUUCAGCUCCCUGAGGCAGGAAUUCAGCAUUCAGAGUGUUAAUGUUUCCAUCACGCUCUGUGUCCUUGGCUUCAUUAAUACUGAGAGUGCCAUGAAAGCCGCUGCUGAUGUGGUCCUGAUAUCCCCAGCACCCAAAGAGGAGUGUGCGCUGGAAAUCAUCAAAGGGGGAGCUCUCCGCCAACGGGAAGUUUACUACAAAUACGCUUCUACUAAAAUACCCCUCCUGAUCCGGGACUGGGCUGCAGAUUUCCUAGAUUAUCUGGUUAGGAAGCACUACAACAUAGAGAAUUUGAAGGAAAACUAAACGAUCCUCUAGCACUUUUCUUCUUAUGCUUGAUGCUUAUCUUGAUGCUAUUUUAACCAUUGCUGAGGGCUACACAAAGCAUCUCUGCUCAAGCUCCCUUGUGUCUAGGGAAUGAAAUGCUGGAUUCUCCAGUGUUUUAUGGCCCUGCACAGCAAUGCAUGACGGGCCUCCCACUCCCACUGCAGUGAAAUGCUGCACCUUCAUCUGCUGGUUUGGAUGCCAGCAUUGCAUUCCCUACUCUCAGUCCUCCUUAGCUAGCACUGUUGCCUUUGCAUUUAAAUAGAAAUAAGAACUAACCACAUCUGUGUGGUUAGCGUCUGUGGCUCUCAUUACAGUUCCAGUUAUUAAAGAAGUCUUAGCAUUUGCCAGUUUAGGAAGGUUUAUUCUGUCCAAUAGCCUCCUCUGCUGGUAGAUAAAAUAUUUGCAACAGAUAGAUUAUUUUACUGAAUAACUGUAUACAUUAGGAUAGUUCAACAGCCCUCAGAUUAGAAAAUUCCAUUUGUGUUUUUAAAAGUUUUAAGUUAUUUUAAGUAAAUCACAUCAUCUCUAGACGAUCUAGCUGAGACAACCAUGUGCUGUGGUACACAACAUGCAGGGGAAUUUCCUGCAGCUGUAAUAUUCCAACUGGUUAGACCCAUUCUCUUCCCCCAGGCUAUGGAAAAGUAGUAACAUAAACCAAUCAUUAAAUAAAAUCCACUAGA